AUGGAAAAAGACAGCACAGUAACAGUGGAGAUAAACGAAGAUCUACUAUCAAAUAUAAAGAACAAGAUAAUGCAGUACAUUGAUGUAGUUUAUAUAAAAGAAGCAGUGCAGAAGGAAACAAACUUGCCAAUCGUUUGUGGCGUUCUCACUGCAGUAGUUGUUGCAAUAAUAGUGAUAAUGGCUAUAUUUAUAUCAAGAAGAAGAAGACAAGCUAGAGAGCGGACUGAAAAAGCUGUUUAUAAUAGAAACAUUGAGUUAGAAGCACAGAUUAAAUCACUAGAAGAGGAAGUUGGAAUACUGAAUGAAAGAAUGACAAAUCUUUGUUCAAAAAUUGAAAUAUUUAGAAAUAAAAAUACAGAUUUCCAGAAUGAAGUGUUCCAGCUAAAACAAGAAGUAAAAAAGAAUGAAAAUAUAAUUAAUGAGAAAGAUAAAGCAUUAAAUGAGCAGAGAGAUUUAUACGAAAAUGAAAUCAAAACACUUCACACAGAAUUUAAUAAGAAAAGUAGUGAAAUACUUAAAAUACAAGAACAAAUGAAGCUUGAUAAACUAAACUACGAUGAAAAAUGUGCAAAACUAGAGAAUGAGAAAGUUGAGCUUCGAGAACAAGUUGGUAAAUUUGACCAAGAGAAUACAAAUUUACAUAAUGAAGUGUUCCAGUUAAAACAAGAAGCAGCAAAGAAACAAGAAAAAAUGCUAGAUGAUGAAUAUAGAGUAUUAGAUCAGAAGAAUGGUGACCUCCAAAAAGAAAAUGAAAAUCUUAAUGAAAAAGUCAAAAACUUAGAUCUUAUGAUAGAUACAUUACAAAAAGAGAUACAUGCUAAAGAAGAAUUAUAUAACAAAGUAAUAAAAGACCUUCAGCUUUCAAAUGAAGAGGUAACAAAAAAGCUCGAAGAUAUGGAAAAGAAACUUGAAAACACAAAAAUACAUCAUGCAAACCGUAUUGCCAAGAUGAAAGGAAGUAAAAGAUCAGGUGGCAAUAAAAGACCAAAGAGACAUCACUGA